CGCUGCUGCGCGCACGGUGGGAGCGGCUUGGGGGGCAUGACUCCGGUCCUCCUCAUCUAAUGAAAGUGAAAUGAUAGACUCCAGCCUUCUCUGACUAACGAAUGACAGGUGAGUUUCUGGGCGAAGGAUGACGAUGGCGCAUGUUGGGGCAGUGGUUGCGGCGAUUGCUGGUGUGAUGGCCAUUAUGCUUCACUCUUCCAUACAUAAGAUUGAAGAGGGUCAUUUAGCUGUUUAUUACAGAGGUGGGGCUUUGCUAACCACUCCAAAUGGCCCAGGCUAUCACAUCAUGCUGCCUUUCAUCACUACCUACAGAUCUGUCCAGACAACAAUGCAGACAGAUGAAAUCAAAAAUGUGCCUUGUGGAACAAGUGGGGGUGUCAUGAUCUAUUUUGAUAGAAUUGAGGUGGUCAACAUGCUGGUGCCAUUAGCAGUGGUGGACAUUGUGAGAAACUAUACUGCUGACUAUGACAAGACACUAAUAUUCAACAAAAUCCACCAUGAGCUGAAUCAGUUCUGCAGUGUUCACACACUACAGGAGGUCUACAUUGAGUUGUUUGAUAUUAUUGAUGAGAACCUCAAGACUGCUUUGCAGAAAGAUCUGAAUUCCAUGGCCCCUGGACUCACUAUUCAGGCUGUCCGUGUCACCAAGCCCAAAAUCCCAGAGGCAAUCAGGAGAAAUUUUGAACUGAUGGAAGCAGAGAAGACCAGACUACUCAUCACAGCUCAGACCCAGAAAGUUGUGGAGAAGGAGGCAGAGACUGAGAGAAAGAAAGCUAUAAUUGAGGCUGAAAAAAUAGCUCAGGUUGCACAGAUCCAGUUUAAGCAGAAAGUAAUGGAAAAGGAGACAGAGAAGCAGAUUUCUGAAAUAGAAGAUGCUGCUUUUGUGGCCAGAGAAAAAGCCAAAGCAGAUGCCGAGUACUACACAGCAGCAAAGUUUGCAGAAGCCAACAGGCUGAAGCUGACUCCAGAGUAUUUGGAACUCAUGAAAUAUCAGGCUAUAGCAGCCAACAGCAAGAUCUACUUUGGCCAGGACAUCCCCAACAUGUUUGUAGACAACAGUGCCUCUCCCUCACUAAAGGGGGCUGCAGAUUCUUCAGAGCAGUUGGAAUUCUUAACCAAGACAGACAAGCACAGGAAAGGGGCUGCACCCAGAACAGAAACGGAGGGUCACUGAGGUGCUCGGGUCUUCUCCCCGUCUCUGUCUCUCUCUCUGUCUUUAGGCUGGGAGCGCUUGUGUGGAAUGCUGGCAUAGAUACGAUUGUCGGGCUGCAGAGGGUGCUGGGUGCUUAAUAACUGUGCCGUGAAUCAUCCAGCUGAGGACACUGAACAUGAGAGGCUGUGCUUUACUAGCUGCCUGUGGUCUAAGGGGGGAUAAAAGGCACAAAUGGCUUAGGAUGUGCCGGAGGUUUACAAAACGUUCUAAUUCAUGAAUUAAUGGUGUUGCUGUGAUUUACAAGGUUAGGUGAAAUUCACCACAGCAGGAUCCCCAAAAUGCCCAGUGACUUACAUAGCAUGCGUUUUCAUUUUCUGUGUCUGCUUGCUUGUUCUUUUUUUUAUUUGUGUUAUAAUGCAUAUUGAUAUGUAUGUGAAAGCUUAGAAAUGAUCUUGAACUUUUUUGUGUUUUUCAUAACUGGAAUGCUGAGGCUUCAAACUAAUUGAAACAGGGCAAUGGAUUAUGCAGCUACAAGAGAUUUUGUUUGUUGUUGUUGCCAAAGUUAAAAAAAACUUUUCUCUCCUAAUAUAGUUGUAACUCGGAGGUCUUAACGCAAAUUCCCAAUUUGCCUACAAUACCAGUCUUAUCAUUAGUGGCAUCUUUUGGGAUAAAGUUUUAAUUAAACACAGUCCAAAAAGAAACACACUUACUACCGGUUGAUGAAUUCGUUUCAAAAGGACAUGCACUGUACACAUUUUAUUAGUUCUGUUUGAUUUAUUUUUUUCACCUGUGUUCUUUAACCUAAAAAUCCACAGUCUGAGUAUAGUGACUAGUAGUGCAGUAGUUGGUUGGUUUUGUCCAUGUAAAACAUUGAGUUGUGGGUGAUGGCUGAGCUGUGUGUGAUUGUUGGUUUGUUUAUAGUGGGUUCGGUAAUGGGGUUUGCAUUUGUUUUCAUUUGAUUUGGUGGCUACAGUAGGGCUUGAGUACCUAACAUGCCACCGCCUGCUAUGAUUUAAUCCUGAAAUGUACUCGCUAAUUCAGUUUUGGCCGUCUGCCUUUCCAUCAUGUCCAGAUCUACUCCAUUAGUGUGAAAGGAGCGUGCAAAGGGAAUCUAAUAUAAGAAAGGGCUGAUGUAUAUAAAAAAAUGGAAUUUACCAAAAGAAGGGCUAUGGAAUUAACAACAUGAGGCAAGAUUUAACAGCACAACUACAAGAGAAAUAUACUGGAAAGCUGUUUAUAUGUCCUUAUUGUUCCAUUCCAUCAUAUUUGCAUCAGCUAAUUGAAAUACUAGAGCAUUUAAUACUGUAUUGUAAAGAAAAGAACAUUUAACUCACUACUGAUGGUAUUAUUUUAUUGAUUUUUGCUAGGAUGUCAACACUAGAGGGCAGUCUUGACUUAAGUUCUGUGCUUAAUGGAGACUAGGAAUGAAAAAUGCUGAUUGAGCCUCAAGUACAAAGAAAACCGGGUAACAAAAAGGCUUGCCUUGACCAGAGUAGAUGUAGACUUAGUUUAAUUGUCUGAUAAUUCCAGUGCAUUUAAUUAAACAUUGUGGGCACUUUGAUUUAGUGUUUUUAUGUUGCUAUAUUUAUAGGUGCUAACCCAUUAAGGAACUGCAGGGAGUUUCUAAAACAUAGUAACCUGCUUUAUAUUUACUGUUUGAGGGUUUCAACAAGUCUCUGUCUAAUUGGUUUAGUAUAUCUGCUGGGCUUCUAUGAAAUUUACCCCUCUGUUUCAUGUUAAAAGAGUCUAUUAUUAUUAUUUAUCAUGCCCUGAUUACAUUCAGAACUGCUCUCCUUUGUUAGUCAUUUCUGUUGAAUUAAACAUGGUCUUCCCUGUCAGUGUCCACUAGAUUGAAAACAUGAGCGUUUAUCCAGUCUGGGUGAGCGCAUUUUAUAUAACGCCCCAUUACUCUCUCUACUCAUCCUCUACAACACUGCCUGUUCUUUCCACUCAGAUUUUAAAUGAAAAUAAAAUUCUCCUAAAUACGUUUGGGGAACUUUGUUUUAAAGGAGAAGUCACCGACUAAAUGCAAAUUAUGAAAUAGAAUAUCUAAUCGAUGGAAAAUGGCAAGCUUCUUAUAUUCAACAUUUGAGCAAUCAAUUAAAUAAGCUUAUGAAUCUCUGUUGUGGUGGUAGAUUUGAUUUGAUUCUGGGUGCAUGGGUGGGUACAUGUCGGAGUGGGUGAAAUUAAGCUACUCUGUGAAUGUUACUUUUUAUACAUAUGCAUAAUUUGAAUUCUUGAUUUCCCAACAUUUAUAUGCAAAAAAUUUGUAAUGUUUUGAAGUUCAGUUAUGUAAAAUAAAACUAUUUUGAUACCACUAA